CGCCGCUGGUGCCACCAUUCAUAAAUCCGAUCGAUUCGCUGGACAAUGCGGCAAUUAACCGCGAUUAAAGUUCCAUUCGUCGAACAUAUAUUUCUUUCUCUUGUCCUUCUCCCCCAUGGCUUUUUUCUUCUUUUCUCGUUUCUAUUCUCUUGUGGAUUUCUUCUCGCUCUUCCUCCUUCGUCUCGUACCCUCGCGUCGCGUUCUCACUCCCACGUCCGGGUCGCUAGUCUGUUCCCUUCUCCCUUCCACCUGCGUCCCUCCCGGGAACCCUCGGCGUUCGUGAUCCUCUCUCUUCAGUUCUUCUCAGUCUCCCUCUGUCCUCUCCUUCGUCAGCUCCCUGCUCUUUCUCCACCUCCAUCUCUACCUCCAUCUCCAUCGACUCUUUCCUCCUCCACCCUUGUCGCGCUUUCGGAGUUUUUGGAAAACAUGAGGGUUCCUGAGGAACUUUUUAGGAUCAGUGCCGCUGCAGCCGCCCGACAAGUCGGUAUAUAUAUUCAUCAUCGUCGUCGUCGCGGCAGUUCUUGUAGACGAUUCCGCAAAGUUGCUUUUCACUCUUGGCUCCUGAAUUUUUCGUCGACAAUCUUUCGUGGAAAUUCACGUGAUAAUACGCGUAUUAUAGUGGCGACAGCGCUGACACGACUUUAACGGUGUUAAUGAUAAUGCGUCUGAAGACCGGAUUCGACUGGAGGAUGCUGCUGUCCGGAGCGUGGUUCGAGAUUAUCGUACUGCUCGCGAUCCUGGUGCUCGUUACCAACCGUGCUCGCUGCCGACCGCCCUGGUGGACCUUCUGGACCAGAAACUACGACGCGAACGCCGCUGAUAAACUCUACGCAGAUGCAGGCGACAACGGCAGGAAGUUCAAAACGGCGCGCAACGUGCCGGGCCCGUGCGCCCUGCCGAUUUUCGGCACUAGAUGGAUUUAUUCCUGCUUCGGCUACUACCGCUUGAACAAGAUUCACGAUGCUUAUAAAGAUCUGAAUCGGCGAUACGGGCCGCUGUGCAAGGAGGAGGCGCUGUGGAACUAUCUCGUGGUCUCGGUGUUCUCCCGUCGCGACAUCGAGGCUAUCCUUAGGCGGGGCUCACGGUACCCGCUUCGUCCUCCGCAGGAGGUCAUAUCCCACUACCGGCGCACCCGGCGCGAUCGUUACACCAACCUUGGUCUGAUCAAUGAACAAGGCGCGACAUGGCAGAAGCUGCGGUCUGCCUUAACGCCGGAACUCACCGGAGCUAGUACCGUAUUCGGCUUCUUCCCGGCGCUCAAUAUCGUCACCGACGGUUUCAUCGACCUAAUCCGCAAACGAAGAGCGGGCUCCACCACCGUGAGAGGCUUCGAGGAACUCGCUUACAGAAUGGGACUCGAGAGUACGUGCACGCUGAUCCUGGGACGUCACCUGGGCUUCCUAAAGCCAGAUUCCAGCAGCACGCUCACAACGAGAUUAGCGGAAGCGAUCAGGAUUCACUUCACGGCCUUGCGCGACGCCUUUUACGGCCUGCCGCUUUGGAAGUUGCUACCGACAUCCACGUACAAGCAGCUAAUAGAGAGCGAGGACACUAUAUACAACGUUAUCUCGGAGCUAAUCGAGGCGACUAUGCUGGAGAAGCAGGACGACGCCAGAGAUGAAUCCGUCGAGGCGGUAUUCCUGUCUAUCUUACGUCAGAAAGAUCUCGAUAUGAGAGACAAAAAGGCUGCUAUAGUGGACUUUAUAGCGGCAGGAAUACACACACUAGGCAACACGUUAGUGUUCCUUUUCGAUCUGAUCGGUCGUAACCCUGAAGUGCAGGAAGCUCUUUACAAAGAAGCGCAGUCCUUGGCGCCUCCCGGCUGCGAUCUCACGGUAGACGAUCUCCGCAAGGCGAAGUAUCUACGUGCCUGCAUCACAGAAUCCUUUAGAAUUGUACCUACAACACCUUGCAUAGCCCGCAUUCUAGACGAGCCUAUAGAACUGGAAGGCUAUCGCCUGGAUGCUGGAACAGUGGUAUUACUGCACACGUGGAUAGCAGGAUUGAGCGAGGACAAUUUCAAAGACGCGUCCAAGUGCCUGCCAGAGAGAUGGCUGAAACCCAUGGUACCUCACUCGCCUUUACUAGUGGCUCCUUUCGGAGCUGGUAGAAGAAUAUGUCCAGGAAAACGUUUCGUCGAGCUUGCAUUGCAGCUUAUUCUAGCAAAGAUCGUUCGGGAAUUUGAAAUUGUUGUCGAUGAAGAGCUCGGCUUGCAGUUUGAAUUUAUCUUGGCGCCGCAAAGUCCCGUGUCACUCGGAUUCCGGGAUCGUAUGUCGAGGGCUGAGAUGACCUGAACGAUUUACUAGCGAUUCGUAAGUUUAUUGAUCAAUGAAUGCUAAUUGAAUGAACGAAUGAAUGCUCAAUUAUCGCAUGGAGCGAGCGAGCUUCCCUCCCUCGCUCAUCUUCCGGUUCGCGUGCGCUUCGGUUUUCAUCGAUUGAUUUUCGCGUGUUAUAUUUUACGUUCGUGUAUUAUUUGUAAUACAAUUUUUUUAAUUCGUUGAAAGGAACUCCGUGCGUCCAUUUAGGGUAUUUAUCGUGUUACUUGCUUUAUAUUAUAAUAUUUAUAUUUAAUUGUAAGAGCGUAAACAAUUGGGAUCUUCUUACCUUUUAGAUAUUGACGCACAUUGCUUGCACUGCGCCGUAUCACUUUACACAAUCCUCAACUCUUUUUUCUUCUUCUCAUUCUGUGUGUUGUAAAACAAGAUACAGUCGAUUCAGCUUUUUGGCUCGCGAAGCCAAUAAGUUGAUUAAAAAGCAGAAAAAAAUAUGGGGCGGCAAUGCAAUUGCAAAAUGUGCUCGCGGGUUUCUUAGUCACCCCAUUCAGUUUUAUCCAUAAUAACUAAAUAGCUAAUUAUAAUUAGCAAUAAUUUAUCUACAAUAACUAUUAAUUAGCAAUAAUUCAUGUACAUAUACACGCAGAGAAUGUUGAUCUCGUACUUGUUAUAUGGAAAAAAUAUAUAUAGUGUGAUGUCGAUUUAUUUGGUAAUUUAUUAAAAAAGUGAAUCCGUGUUCGUCAAAUCUUGUCAGAGUCGUUCUGUAUAGCUAUCGAGACCAACAGUUGGGGUGGCUGAGUUACUCCGCGUCAAAAUUACAGUAGAUUACAUCCAGUUCAAUCACGUAGAAAGCAGCGAGAGUCGAUUAUAAUUUAUAGUUAUUUAUUUCGGAGCUGCUGAUUUCCCGUACGCGGUGAAAGUAAGACGAUCCUGAUGUUGUCUAUCGAUUGCGCGCACCGAUCAACUCGCUGUGGCUGAAAUGUUUACGUUACUGUGCGAAAGAUUUAUACGCAACGUAAUUACUGUCGAAAAGUAAGAAUUUUCGAAUUCGUUAUGCUUUUUUUUUUAAAAAGCAUCGGUGUCGAAUUACACUUCAGAGAGUGAUCUCACUAAACAUCUUCGUUCGGAGCGCAAUUUUUGAAGCAAUCUGAAAAUGGAUCGUUGAUAAAAAUGAUCAUUAAUUAUACAUUCUUGUACAUAAAAUAUGUAGAUACCUCUUGUUGAAUAUAAUGCAUAAUGCAUAUAUGUUGAAUAUAAUGCGUAAAAAAAAGGAUUAAAAAAAUGAUUAUGCAAUAUUA